AUUUGACGACCGGGAUGAAAAGAUGGGCUUUUCUGCAAGUUGUACUGAUUUUUUCAUCAGUUUUCAUGGUCAUUCAGUUGCUGAUAUGGGCAAAAUUCUCGUCAAAAGAGAUAGGCGAGCCAAAUCCAAGUAGAGUUAAGGAAGUAAUAAAAUCAUUCCUGAAUGUCUGGGAUAAUAACCAGGCUAAAGUGUUCCUUAUGGAUCCAGACAUUCUGAUGGAAUACAUGGAGGACAAGUUACAAGGUCUUACAUGUGGUAGCCUAUGUCAGAGUCAGAAAAAACUCAUCACGUUUGGCGUUAUAGGAAACGUUCAGAGAAGUCUGAGACCUGUUUUCCACAAACUGCGAAGUUACAACUUUGCGGUAGUGGACUCCAUUGAUGAGUUUCCAGAUAAAGUAGGUGACAAUUCCAUUCAUGUCACAUCACACGUGUUCCUCCAGGAUAUGAAGUAUCCAGAACCAACCAUACAUGUGCUUGUCAUGUAUGAGCGUGCUGGUGAAUUCUUGUGGCAUUCCAAGAUACAGGUCGCCUCCAGUGACCUCAAAUUCGGAUAUGAAGCUGGCUCGUACAAAAAGUUUGACCUCGAGUCAGCAGUGAUAGAUGGUAUAUCUUUAUACAUUCCAAAACCAGUGAACAAAUUUCUGGAUUCAGUGAUGCAAUCCAAAUAUAUUGAAUGUGAUGGUAUAAGGGCUGAAAGCUUCAAGAAAGCUUAUCCUCCUGACAAUUCAAAGAGAGCUAAACAUUUUCAAAGAAAAGCUAGACAGCUGAUUGCUCAAGGCAAAGAUGUCUUUGAUAAACUUGGAUUGCGUUUCUGGAUCAGUAGUGGCACACUCCUAGGAUGGUAUAGACAAUGCGACAUCAUCACACAUGCCCAAGAUGUUGAUUUUGGAAUGUGGAUCAAAGACUAUGAUCCACAACUUAUUCCCGAAAUGGAAAAGGCUGGACUUCCGCUCAAACACCUGUUUGGAAGGGUCAAUGACACAUUUGAAUUAUCAUUUCAAGCUGGCGAUAUAAAGUUGGACAUUUUCUUUUUCUACGAAGAGUUGGAUCACAUGUGGAAUGGUGGGACAGAUGUGAAAAAUGGAGCAAAGUUGAAGUAUGUUUUUCCCAAGUUCAGUCUUUGUUGGACAACCCUGCUUGAUCUGCUUGUUCGUGUUCCAUGUCCAACAUUGCCCUACAUAGAGGCCAACUAUGGCAAGGGAUGGUUCACUCCAGUGAAGGAUUGGAACUGGAAAGAUAGCCCCACCAACGUACAGAAAAAUGGCUUCUGGCCCCAGGAUCAAUGGGAGAGUGUUAUGCAGAUGUAUGAGUGAUUAUCUGUAAGUUUGGUGUGGGAGUUAUAUAACCCAUUUUUGCCAGAUGCCUGAAAGAUUCUUACUUAUGUGUUUUUAGACAGACCAAUUUCAUUGUCUGCCCCAUGGGCUUACACUGAAAUCUGACUGUUGAUAGGUUUUGCUGUACAGUGAUGUUCUGAGUGUGAUAUGUUGAUUGGGUCACUGAUGUAUUACCUCCCUAUAUUUGUUAUUUGCUUUUUCAAAAAGUGCUAAUAUUCUGUGUAAAAAAAAGCUUAAGAUAUUUUUUUGCUUGAUUUUCUUUGUCGAAUAUUGAGAAAAUGAAUCACAUUAUGUUCACAGUAAUAUCGGAAUUCAUUGUUCAACCAAUGAGCAUAAAACAUCUAAAUGAGGUUCCUGUCUUGUUCGUGUCACUGUCUAAGGCCGCUUUCACAUUAGCGCUAUAAAGGUUGGACAAGCUGAACCUGAAAUAGAAAUGCCAGGUACAGAUCAGGACUGAGGCUGGCCUGUGUAAUAUUCAGCUUGUGCAGUAUUUGGAGUAAAGUUUUACCUGUCUGAAAUAUAACUAGCUGAAUAUCAUUAAUUUUCACAGUGUCAGCACAGAGUAGAAUUUGGUACAUGCAAAUAGUUUCAGAAAUGUCAUGCUAUUAAGUAUGAGUUAAAAUGGAUGAUAUUUUAUGUUUGGUUCAUUGUUUUAUGUUUGACUGAACAUUUCAAAAUUGCGUUUUAAGCUUUACAUAUAUCUGUUCCAACAUCCAAUUCAGGUGCAUUAAUUUAUUGUGGAAUAUUUCCAGGCAGCCUGAACUUUUUCAACCGGGUUACACAAAACCGGCCUUAUACAACUUUUUCACUGCCGUCCUUCCCCAAAAUAUGAACAAGAAUACAGAUACAAGCUCUUUUGAUAAGAAUUACCCAGUGAUAUGAUUUUUAAAAAUGUGAUUAUUUUUGUACAUGGAAGUGUUAUAUUCCAAAAUAUAUGAAGUAAGCAAACCCAAUGUAAUUUUGUCUAUAGAGGAUAAAUAUUUCUGUCUGUCAUUGAGGACUAUAAAUUCAUAUGUAGUUUAUUAAUUGUAUAUAAAAAGUUCAGAAACUUAUACUUAGAGUUUAGAUAUUGAUGUGUGUAGAAACAUUUCCAGACAUUUCUAUAUGAAUUUUGUCACCAGUUAUUUAGUGAAUUUCAUCUUUGUUACCUAGGAAAAGUCAUACCCUGCUAGUUAACCUAGAUUUAAUCACAAACGUGUACCAAGGUAUUCUUAUUAGUUUUGUUGUGUGAGAUAAAAAAUGUUGGUGUAAAUGAUAUCAAUGUGAUUGCUAACAUUUAAAGUGUAAGAGUAGAAGGUUUGUAAAUGGGUAGUCCCUUUAAUUAAAUGUCUCUUUUUGGAUCUUUUUUAUCAUCCUCAGGGUCAAAAAUCUCUGCAAUGCAAUCUUGUACAGCAAAAAAGGUCUUAGAAUUGAGUCAGGGUUAUCAUUUUCAAGGAAUAAUUUGAAACGAUCCUAUGGGUUGGGACUCUGUCAAACAUCAUCAAUGAGUAAAUGUUGAAAAGAAAUCAUUUAUGAACUGAUAAAUUUAACUAGUACAUGAGAUUAAUAUAAAGUGUAGUUCUACUAUGUGGAAGGAAAUUUUCUGUCUCUUCCUUGAUAAAGAGUCCUAAUGAAAAAACGCUUCAAAAGGAGUGCUUUCAUGAGAGUUUUCAUAAUUUUAAAUUUAAAAAGAAAUUAGCUGUUUGAUUGUAGAAUACAAAAUCAUAGCUAACAUAUUUACACAUCAUUUGUGUUUCUGACAUAAAUAAUUCUGUCAGGAUUUAGCAUAAUCAUGUUUUCUCUGCUGAUACUUGGCUGAUUAUGCAUAUGUAUCAUCACACUCUAUUUUGCUUGAGUGGUGUCCUUAUUAUGAUGGGUAUGAAGUCAUAAAGAUUUUAAUAACACACCUGUAUCAUCUAACUACCAUACAUAUCAGAUCAGCGUAGUGAUGGAUUAUGUUCUAUAGAUUUUUUGCAUUAUUUGCACCUUUCCUGCAUGCACGAGUGUGUUUAAUUUGAGAACAUUUUCCAUCUUACAUUGAUUUUAAUAGACAACUGAUGGAAAUAAAACGGGAAAAACAAACCAAAGCAAUGGAGUUCAACAGUUAAAAACAUAAUUGACAAAAUCAUAUUUCUUUUCGUAGGUGUUUCAAAAUGUUUUUUACAAGAAUCAGAGGCUUGAAUCAAUACUGAUAUCAAGAGUUUGAUUCCCAAAGAGGAUAUGAAAAGGUAUGGUGGUCACCUGUCUAACCACAUGAUUCCCUAGUUUCAUGUGCUUUCAUCCAGCCCAACAAGUGUGAUUAAUGUAUGUAAGCUUAAGCUUGUUUUGCAAUUGUUUAUAUUCAUUCAUUCAAAUAGGAAUAUAGGUACAGAACUUAAAGAAAAACUCCAAGAUCUGCUGACCUUUGUUCCUUUUGUUGGUAUGUUCACCAUUUCUAUUUCGGCAUUAUAGUUUUAUAUAUACUGUAGUUUUCAUUUAAUUGUCAUCUUGAUUAAUAAGUGGUCUGGCACACCAUUGGUCUGGCAAUAGUUGAAAGUCUGUUAGACCAGUAUAAAAUAUUGUUUUUGUUUCUUGUUUUAAUACUAAACAAAUGUUUAAGAAUUUUAUUGUUUUCAUUUGUGGUGCUAGCAUAUAAUGUGUAGUUUUAGACAAAGAUAUUAUAGAAAUAAUUUAUAGGUAUAUAAUGGAAUAUUUUGUUAUUGAUGACAUGCAAUCAAAUUGUU